AUGCAGGCAGCCAUUGUUAAGCGAGACGACAACAAGCAAAAAUGGGAGGACACUGAAUUCCCUCUCGUCUGUGAAACUUGUCUCGGAGACAACCCUUAUAUUCGCAUGACCAAGGAGCCCUUUGGCAAGCAAUGUAAGGUCUGCGAGCGCCCCUUUACAGUAUUUGCAUGGCAGGCGGGUACAAAAGGACGUCUAAAGCGAGUUGAAAUUUGCAAGUCUUGCGCACAAGCCAAGAAUGUCUGUCAAGUUUGUAUUUAUGACAUGCAAUAUGGAUUGCCGGUCAAGGUCCGAGACAAAAUUCUGAAAGAGUACGGCACUGGUGGCGCAAUGACUGCUGUUCCACAGUCCAUGGCCAAUCGUGCUUGGUAUACUGCUCAACAAGAACGUACUUUGGCACAAGGGGAGAAUAUGGUAGGCGACGCCAAUGCCUUGGCCAUUGCCAAAUUGGAAGAAAUGGCGCAAAUGCAACCGAAAUACGAACGAAACAUGGCCAAACUGUGUAGUUUCUUUGCAAAAGGAGAAUGUAAUCGUGGGGCCAACUGUCCCUUUCGUCAUGAAAUGCCAAGGGAUCGGAAUGAUCCAAUGGUGAAACAAAAUACCAAGAACAGAUUCUUUGGAGAGAGCGAUCCGGUUGCCAAUCGAAUUUUGGGGCGACAACGACGAAGAGAAGAGGAAGAAAACAAGGAAGAUGAAGAUGGUUAUGACAAGGCUCGGGCAACAUUGUAUAUGAGAUUUCAAGGGGAUGCACCGUAUCCAGCACUGACGGAAGCAGCCAUUCGGGAUAAAUUUUAUGCCUUUGGGGAAAUUGUUUCGGUGCGAGCACAACCCGACAAGGGUCAAGCCUUUGUCGAAUUCACACAACCAGAUGCUGCCGAAUUGGCAAUAGCAAGUAUGAACAGGAAAGAAUUAUUAGAUCGACCACUUUAUGUCAAGUGGGCGCGGGCACCCAAACGAGGAGAAGUUGCUGUCAAGAAGCGUGGAGAAGAAUCAUCGACAUCCAAUCAUGUGGGUAUGAAGAAACCAUUGGCUCCACCAGGUGGAGUUUCCAAGGCUCGCAUUCCAAAAGGUGUGGUGCCCAAGCCCCCCGCUCAUGUGGCUGCCAUGAUUGCGGCCAGACGGCAACGUGGUGGUGGUGGUGCUGCUGCUGGUGCUGGCGGUGGUAUUGCUGCAGUUCCACGACCGGGAUCUCGAUUACCUCGUCCUGGCGGUGGUCCCGUUCGUGGUGCUGGAAAUAAGCGAUCUGCGGGUGACGCUGAAAAGCCCUACUACUCGAGUACCGAUCCAUCUCGGUUUGGAACCAAGACGACCGACACAAAAUAA